GGCGAAAGCUUUAAGCCUGCAGUCCGCAGGUCCCUCAAUGCUGUAGCUUCAUUUGCGGUCCGUUUGGAGUGUUACGAUUUACUACAGCGCUCGAACGCAACAGCAGCAGCUUGGUUUCCACGGCAACGUCUGACAACAGGGAGGACGAUGGUUUACGUCACGGAGGAUUUGGUCCGCCGGCGUGCCGAGCACAACGAGUGUGAGAUCUUCUCCCUGGAGGAAGUUUCUCUGCAUCAGCAGGACAUCGAGAGGAUCGAGCACCUCGACAGGUGGUGCAGGGAGCUGAGGAUCCUCUACCUGCAGAACAACCUCAUCCCCAGGAUCGAAAAUGUCGGUCGACUGAAGAAGCUGGAGUACUUGAAUCUGGCCUUGAACAACAUUGAAGUCAUUGAAAACCUGGAAGGCUGUGAGAGCCUGCAGAAGCUGGACCUGACGGUGAACUUUGUGGGCUGCCUGAGCAGCGUGGAGUCGCUGAGACACAACAUCCACCUCCGAGAGCUGUUUCUGGUGGGGAACCCCUGCGAGCGCUUCGAGGGCUACAGGCAGUUUGUGGUGGCCACGCUGCCUCAGCUCAAGUGUCUGGAUGGGACGGAGAUCAGCCGGUCGGAGAGGAUCCGAGCCUCGCAGGGCCUGGAGGAGGUGAGGAGGCGCGUCGCUGAGCAGGAGCGGGAAUACCUGAGGAGGAGAGCCGAGGAGAAAGAGGAGGCCAGGAGGAAGGAAGCAGGAGAGGAGGAGGAGAAGAAGGAGAGGAAACCAGGCUUCAGCGGCCGCUGGUCCACUGACAUCAACAACAUGGCUCCAGGGUCAGAGGAGAACAAGGAGAACCAGGAGCUGGCGGAGAACCCAAAGAACCCAGAGGUGGAUGAGGAGGAACGGGAGCGCGAGUUCUGGCACACGCCGUGCACCUUCACCCCCGAAUCUCGCCUGGAGGCUCACCGCCACCUGGAGGAGAAGAGGCGGGCCAAGGAGAAGGGGAAGGAGAAGAAGCCGAAGGCCCCGAGGACGCUGAUCACCGCUGACGGACAAGUCCUGAACCUCAACGAGCCCAAGCUGGAUUUCUCACUCACAGAGGAUGAAGAAAACAGCAGUAUUGUCUUGGACCUGGCAGUGUACAGACACAUGGACACCUGUUUGAUCGACGUGGACGUUCAGCCGUCGUACGCGAGAGUCAGCGUCAAAGGAAAGAUAUUUCAGGUGGUUCUGCCGGCCGAAGUGAAGCCCGACAGCUCGACGGCUCAGAGGUCCCAAACCACCGGACACCUGCUCCUGACAAUGCCCAGGGCUGAAGGUGAAAUCAAAGUGACAAAGAGCGUCCCACGUCCACCCAGAGUGCGUCAGAGCAGACGCGGCUCAUCGGAGGAUAAUAAAAGCAAAAAUGACACACCUGAGAGGCUGGAAGUCGACCCGAGCAAGCGCACAGCCAUCGACCUCGCCAACAUCGUGCCGCGCCAGAGCGCCAAAGCAGGUCCGAUGGAAGCGUCCGGAGCGGCGCCACCACCCGCCACAGACCGCUGCUCUGAAGGGUUUGUGGAAGACCCAGACAUCCCCCCACUAAUCUAAGAGGAAGGAUCAACUCUGAGUGUUUUGUUUCUAUAAUCAGCCUGCUGAAGGAAAAAGGAGCUAAAAGCACGAAUACAGUCAGAAAAGUUUUUAUGGACCUUUAAGCACCUGUGACAGCCCUCACUUACUUUUUAUUGACCUGAAAAUAUGAAAUGUGUGCAAACAAAUCUGCAAAUAUCCACAUUAAAUCCUGAUGUUUCUGAUAUUUCAGCAUUUUAAUAAAUAAAUAUCCUUAAAAGGGACCAAAGU